AUGUCGUUAGCUAGGACGAUAAGACAUGCUAGGGCAGUAGGAUUCAAGGAGUGGUUCAGGCAAAUGACGUAUAUUGGUGAUGCCAAGAUGGGUAGAUUAGUAGGAACAGAUCAAUUUGGGAAUAGGUAUUUCGAAAAUACCGAUCCAAAUGAAGAGGUACCAGGUCGACACAGAUGGGUAGAUUACUCUCAAGAUGACUUCAACGCUUCCCAGGUUCCACCCGAAUGGCACUCUUGGAUAUCGCAUAUUCGAAAGGAUGCUCCGACCGAAGAUCCUAUAGUCAAAGCCGUUACACCACCUUGGAAAGCUCCAUUCAUCGAAAAUAUGACUGGAACUCGAGGAGCAUUCAAAACCUACUCUACGACCGCACCCAAGAUCAGAGCUUGGGAUCCCGUUGUUAAACCUAGAGGAGGGAGUGGUCAACCUAGUGCUUAA